AUGGCUUCUACUGCAACCUGCGCAGUCACUUGUUCUGACUCCGAGCCCACAGAGUUCAUUAUACCUGACUUUGUCAGCGAUUGCCGCUACCCCAUGCAACUAAACCCUCACUGUGAUCUGGUAUCUCGCGCUUCUGAACAAUGGCUUUGUAGCGAAGCCCAUCUAGUAGAGCCCGAGAGGACCAAAUAUACGAGCUUGCUCGCAGGUUACUUCGCUUCAUCUUGUUACCCUGAUGCGGAUGCUUUCCAUCUCAAAGUCUGCGCGGACUUUCUGGGCUGGUCGUUCAAAUUAGACGACUGGCUCGAGAUCGAGAGGUCCGAUGUCAAUGAUGCGUGGGGAGUACGUGACUGCUGCCUGUCUGCGUACCGCGAUCCCGUCAACUACCAGACGGAAAGAUAUAGUGCAAAGAUGUGCAAAUCAUACUUCGCUCGCUUUAAGGAGACUGGCGGCCCUGGCUGCACAGAGCGCUUUAUCCACGCAAUGGACUUGUGGUUCAUCUCUGCGGCAAAGGAGGUGGACAACCGCGCCAAGGGACAUGUCGAUGACGUUGAAUCUUACAUUGAAUUGAGACGCGACUUGAGCGGCUGCAAGUCUUGCUUUGCCCUUAUCGAAUUCGUCAAUCGGAUUGAUCUUCCCGACGAAGUAGUCUCGCAUCCGGUCAUCAUGGCCCUGGAGGAGGCUACCAAUGACUUUGUUUCUUGGUCAAACGAUAUUUUCUCCUAUAACAUGGAGCAAUCUCACCAUAGCACACAUAAUUUAGUUGCUGUGCUCAUGCUUGAUCAAGGUCUCAACCUGCAAGAUGCUGUUGACUACUGCGCCCGGCUAUGCAAUAUCUCCCUCCAACGCUUUGAAGAAAACCGUGCUAUCAUCCCCUCGUGGGGAGAAGAAGUCGACAAGCAGGUGGCUCUCUACGUCCAGGGACUGCAGAACUGGAUUACUGGUCCGCUGCAAUGGUCCUUCGUGACCGCCCGCUAUUUCGGGAAGGAUGUCAAUAUUGUCAAGCAGGACAGAACCGUCAAGCUGAUUCCCAAGCGUCCCUUGUGA